CAUUUUGGUCGAAUUCAAAUUCAACCAAAACCCUCGCCUCAAAAGCUCUGAAUUAAAAUCCACAAAAAAAAAAUCCACACACAACACAACACAAAACAUGAUCAGUUUCACGAUAAGUUUCUCCAACUUUACUCAGUCGCUUUUUAGCUGUUGAAGGAGACGGAAAUAAAAUAAAACCAGAGGUAAAAGCCAACAUUUCACAUAAUUAAAUGGUUCGAUUGACUGCACUUCUUCGUGAUCCACUCAAACUUAAGCAAGCAGUUGCACCGGCUAUCACAUCCUGGUGGAAAGACGUCCCCCUCGGUCCACCCGAUGUAAUUCUUGGAAUCUACGAAGCCCACAAAGUCGACCCAAAUCCCAACAAAGUUGACCUCACAGUCGGUGCCUAUCGAUGUGAAAAUGGCAAGCCAUACGUGCUCAAAACUGUUCUACAAGCAGAACAAAACAUCGUCGACAAGCAAUUGGAUAAAGAAUAUAAUGACAUUGGCAGUGAAUAUUUUCGAGAGGUGACGUAUCGUCUAGCCGUAGGAGAAGAACUGUGUGAUCGUCCGCAUGUCAGUGUGCAAAGCAUCAGCGGAAGUGGCAGCAUAAAAAUAGCAGCGGAAGUCAUCAAGCGACUCUACAAAGGCAACCAACUUGUCUUUAUCCCGAACCCUUCAUGGGUUUAUCAUGCUCCAAUGUUUGAAUUAUCUGGAGUCAAUACAGCAUUUUAUCGUUAUUAUGAUGAAAGAAGUCACUACAUUGAUCAUAGUGGACUGAUGACAGACUUGACAUACAUGCCUGACAACUCGAUAGUUUUGUUCCAAAUGGUUGGACAUAAUCCAACAGCUAGCGACCCAUCGCCUGAGCAGUGGAGAGAAAUGUCAAGAAUUUUAAAGAAUAAAAAUGUUUUGGUAUUUUUUGACAUGGCUUAUCAAGGAUUUGGCAGUGGAUGUACAGAAACUGAUGCAUAUGCAGUCAGACAUUUCAUAAAGGAAGGCCACAAAGUUGUUUUUGCUCAAAGUUAUAGUAAGAAUUUGGGAAUGUACAGCGUUCGUGUUGGUGCUGCGACUUUCAUGGUUGAUGGAAAAGAUGACGGACAGCCAAUUUUGGAUCAAAUGAAGCAUUUAGCGAUGUGCAGCUAUGGUCAACCGCCAAUUCAUGGCUCACAAGUUGUCGAAGAGAUUUUUAGGGAUAAAAAUUUACAAAAAUCAUGGCACGAAGAACUUCACAUGAUGGUUGACAGAAUCAAAAAAAUGAGGGAACUGCUGACAAUGAAGUUAAAGGCAAUUGGAUCGUCACAUGACUGGAGUCACAUAAUGAAGCAGCAAGGAAUGUUUUUCUUCAGUGGAUUGAGUGUUGAGCAGUGCGAGAAGCUCAUUAAUGAUCACAGUAUUUAUGUUGUUAAGAAUGGUCGAAUGGCAAUUCCGGGAAUUAAUGAGAAGAAUGUGGAUUAUGUGGCUCAGUGCUUGCAUCAAGUAACUAAGUAGGAGCUGGAAUGUCUGUAUUGUGGGUGUGUUCCUCAGUCUCCACUGAAGUGAAGCCUUCUUUUUAGGUCAAUAUGCUUUAUAAAGUACUAAGCUCAAGUUUUACCAUUUAUUUAUAGUUGUUAAGAAUCAAAAUCAUCCAAAUUUAAAUGAAAUUGAAUUAGUUUCUUUUUGG